AUGGCGGCCAAGUCCGAUGGCGGCGGCGGCGUGGGGGUGGGCUUCGCCCAGCUGCACAACCUGGACGAGGCGGUGGGCAGCGGCGGCGGCGGCGGCGGCGACGAGGACGCGGAGCCCGGCGGCGGCGGCGGCGGCGGCGGCGGCGGCGGGGACGAGCCGGGCGAGAGCAGCUCGCUGCACAUCUGCCACUGCUGCAACACCUCGUCGUGCUACUGGGGCUGCCGCUCCGCCUGCCUGCGCUCGCUGCUGGCCCCCAAGGCGCGCCGCGGCCCCGCCAGGCCCGCGCGGCCGCUCGACGGCGGGGACCAGCCGCUGCAGCCGCCCGGCCGCCGCCCCCCGACGCCCGCCGCCGCGCCGCCGCCCGUGGAGCGGCCGUGGCUCGACUGCCUGUGGAUCGUGCUGGCGCUGCUCGUGUUCUUCGGCGACGUGGGCACCGACCUGUGGCUGGCCGUCGACUACUACCGCAAGGGCGACUACGGCUGCUUCGGCCUCACGCUCUUCUUCGUGCUCGUGCCGUCGCUGCUGGUGCAGAGCCUGAGCUUCCGCUGGUUCGUGCAGGACUACACGGGCGGCGGGCUGGGCGCCGUGGAGGGCCUCAGCAGCCGCGGGCCCCCGAUGAUGGGCGCCGGCUACGGCCACCCGCACCACCAGCAGCAGCAGCAGCAGCACCGCGGCGCGGGGGGCUCGGCCACGCCGGGGGCGCAGCGCCUGUGCCGGCUGUCCGUGUGGAUCUGGCAGUCGGUGAUCCACCUGCUGCAGAUGGGGCAGGUGUGGAGGUACAUCCGCACCAUGUACCUGGGCAUCCAGAGCCAGCGGCAGAAGGAGCACCAGCGACGCUUCUACUGGGCCAUGAUGUACGAGUACGCCGAUGUCAACAUGCUGCGCCUCCUGGAGACCUUCCUGGAGAGCGCGCCCCAGCUGGUGCUGCAGCUCUGCAUCAUGGUGCAGCGGAGCAGUGCCGACACACUGCCCUGUGUGUCUUCUCUGGCCUCCCUGAUGUCCCUGGCCUGGGUGCUUGCCUCCUACCACAAACUGCUACGGGACUCGCGGGAUGACAAGAAGAGCAUGAGCUACAGGGGCGCCCUCCUGCACCUCUUCUGGCGCCUCUUCACCAUCUCCUCCCGCGUCAUCUCCUUCGCCCUCUUCGCAUCCGUCUUCCAGCUCUACUUUGGCAUCUUUGUGGUGGUGCACUGGUGUGCCAUGGCCUUCUGGAUCAUCCAUGGCGGCACCGACUUCUGCAUGUCCAAGUGGGAGGAGAUUCUCUUCAACAUGGUGGUAGGGAUCGUGUACAUUUUCUGCUGGUUUAACGUCAAGGAAGGGCGGACUCGAUACCGAAUGUUUGCCUAUUACACCAUAGUCCUGACCGAGAAUGCGGCCUUGACGUUCCUCUGGUAUUUUUACAGAAACCCCGAGACCACAGACUCCUUUGCGGUGCCGGCCCUCUGCUCCGUCUUUGUUAGCUUCGUGGCAGGGGUGGCCUUGAUGCUCUUAUAUUAUGGCGUGCUGCACCCCAUGGGGCCACGGGCUAAGAUUUUUGCCAGCUCCUGUUGUGCCGAGCUUCUCUGGGGCAUCCCUCUGCCCCCUGAUGUAGAGCCCAUGGCGCCCCAGACCCCUGGGUACCGGGGGCCCCAAGUGACGCCCACCAGAGCCGUCACAGAGCCACAGGAGGAUGUCACAGCCGACACGUGCUUGCCUGUGUUCCAAGUGAGGCCCACGGAGCCCUCCACCCCAUCGGGGCGCCCUUACCACCCAGAAGGCCCCCUCAUUAAGAUAGACAUGCCCAGAAAGAGGUACCCAGCUUGGGAUGCCCACUUUGUAGACAGGCGGCUGAGAAGGACGAUUAACAUCCUGCAGUAUGUCACACCCACGGCCGUGGGUAUUCGGUACCGAGACGGGCCGCUGCUCUACGAGCUGCUCCAGUAUGAGUCCUCACUCUGAGGACUGCCGCCAGGUCUGGUUCGCGGUUCACACCGCUGGCAAGAAAUAGAACCUUCCCUCACCCCCCAACCGCACCCCCAGUACACAGACCACCACUAUCAUCACCACUACCACCCACGCUACAGAAACAAACAAACAAAACAAAACAAACCAGAGAAAUAAGAAGUCACAACCCCUUCAGAUAAGCUUUCUUUCCAGUCACUGUAUGUAUACAAAGAUAUUCUCUAUGUUUUGUGAGAACAAGAAAACUUUCCUCUUUUUUUUUUACACAUAGAAGCAGUAUUGAUAAAUCCCACUAUCUGUUCCUAGUGUGGAGAAGUGUAACUCUCUCCACUCCAAAAGAGAAACAAAAACCACAACAAACACAAGUUUUAUACCUUACACUCACUCAGUGUAGACCAUUCAUGGGAUUGGUGCUGAUUGAAAGAACACAAAACAACAACAAAACAAAACCUUCAACUGCCUUAUGCCUGUGGGUGCUGAGUUUCAUUAAGUACUGUCAGGUUUUCUCAUGCAAAACUCUUCUCUGGGACUUUUGCACCCUGAGAAGGAAAAAUUAAACUAUCAAACUAAACCAAUCUAAAGACUAAACAAAAACCAACCAACAAAUAAAACGCAACACAUCACUUUUUGUUUAUUUGUUUUGUUUUUUUUUUCUUAUCUGAUGAUUUGUCUUGAGGAACAAACAAAAUAUUUUUUUAAAGCAAAAGCAUAGAAACCUCCCUUCUCCUGUUUUGGCUUUUUUUCUUCUUCCUCUCCUGCUCUGCCCCUAACAUAACAGUGUCUUCCAGGAGCCAAAGAGCCUUUGGAAACUCAGAGCUGGAGGAGUUCCUGGGAGGCAGCUGCCUGCCGGGAUCAAAUGCCCUAAGAAAAAUCACAUUUGUUCCUUGGCAAAUAAACAAACAGAUAAACAAACAAAUAAAGGCAACACAGAACAGAACAAAAGAGCUGCCAUCCCAAUUGGCUAAGAAUAGGUAAUUUUCAAGCCAGUGAAGGGAGAUUUCCAUGUGUCAUCCGAGAGUCAGUAAUAAUAAAACUCAGCAUUGUAGCAAAAGAGAAUAACAUCAAUUUUGAGGCACACGCUUGGCCCAGGACUGGCAGCAAAGAUCUGUCCAGUGCUCCAAGCCCCAAAAGGUGCAUGCGAAAGGGCCUCUCUCUUUCCUUUGGGUGGGAAGCCUUAAAUCAAGCUGGAAAGAA